CAUGACGUAUCAUAAACGUCACAUGACGCAAGCCAGGCGGAUAUAAUGCAGCACACAGAAGCUGAGGGUCAUUUAUCUGAAAGAAUUAAACGACCUAGGAGUUUGUUUUGAUACUUUAAUUAGCCUUUUUUGACUUGUUGAACCUAAACCAACAUGGCGAAUGGGCAUGUGGAAACCAGCAACUCCUCGAUCCACAAUGACAAAAGCAGCACAGACAGUGACCCUUCCUCAGGCAAAAAGGACCUGCCAGAGUUCAGACUCCUUAUGGCCUAUGCACAGAGGAGACGGGGGGAACGGGCCACUGAGUCACGUACACAGGACGGACUGGUUGUAGGAAAUGGUAACACAGAUACAAACGUGACAGCUCCAUCUCAGCCUCUAGCUGAGACUGAAACGGAGACAGCAGACAAGAAGAAAAAGAAGAAGAAGGGAUGGAGACGUCUCUGGCACAUUUUAAAAUGCAUCAAACCUCAGACAGAAGAAGAACCACAGCAAAUAGCAGGGGAGGAACAUGAUGUUGACGACAGAUGUGGUGAUUUUAAAGAGGAUGAAAAUAAAGAAGAAAAGUUGCUGGAAGAGGUGGCCAGAAGAGUGGCAGAGAUCGCAGAUGAAAUCCCGUUCACUCCUCCAGAUGUAGAGGAAGAUGGACCAACGGAUGAUCCCAAUGUGGAGCGGAUGAUCGGUCUGCUGCUGAGGGACAGUGGAGACAGACUGAACGAGGAGCAGUUAAAAGACAUGGAUCUAGCCCGAGAGAUUUGGAACUACACCUUCUUCAAGACGCUAAUAAGUGCCCUUCUCGGGAGGAUGGGCCUCAGGUCACCCUACCCUGACUCUCCAGGGCCACAUGCAUCACCUAAAACGCAGAUCGCCGUCACCUGUGAGGCCACAACUCGUCUGUCGGCCAUGGACACGCUGCCCAUGAACAGACUGCUCGGCUACGGAGCCAGAUAUCUGAGUGAACACUUUUCCUCCUGGGCACAGCAGCAGGGCGGAUAUGAAGCAGCCUUUAAAAGUGAUGAUGAGGACGACGUCCAGUGAAGAUAAAGAAGUGGUUUCCAGCUCAGCAGCUCACCUGCACCCUCAGGAGCUGCUAACACGAACUGCAGUUUGACUAAAGGGCACUAACCUCCUGCUGGGGAGUUCGGGAGCUCUCGGAGGCUUCAAAUGCCGUGUGAGGAACAAAGUGAGACUCAGGACACUAGUUUUGCAUUGUGUCAAAUCAGUUUACAUAAACCCCUCCGUAAGCAACUCUUUGUAUUCAGGUUUUCUUGAUUUUUAGAAGUGAUGUAAUGUGAUUUGAUUCCUAUUCCUAUUUUAAACUUAACCGCUUGUGUUUCAGAGGUAUGUUUUAAAUCUUGUUUUAAUUUGGUUAAACAUAAAUGUAAUACAUGUUUUCUUAAUUACCGUCUAGCACUUGCACUUUUAAAAUAGAAAAUAUUUAGCUUCGAUGCAGCACUGAGGUGUUGCCCUAUGAUGCUGAAGUUUUAAAAAAAUGUGCCAUCUGAAUUUGUUACAUAUAAAUUAAGAUAUGAUUAAAAAUAAGCCAUAUUCAGUGGCUUUUAAACCUCU